AUGGGUGGUCAAUUGUUUUUCUUAGACACUGAACAGGCAAACGCUAUCAGAAUGCAACAUCCAGCAAAUUCAACACUACAACCACUUAUACUAGAAACAAUUCACAGUUAUUUAGCGAAUCAUAACCCUUAUGCCCUAAGAUAUCGUCACUUGAAUGAAGUGAGGAUAAAUUUUGCAAGAAUGCAAGGUAAAAACCUUGAUGACUUUGGAUUCGAAUUCUUCAACCGAGAAUAUGGUGAUCUACGCACAGAAAACAUUCCUUCCUCUUUUGAUAUUGCUGCAGUUUUUGAGACAACUGAUGGAACACCUCCAAAUAAUAGAAGCCUGCGAGUUUAUCCUAAAUCUACGAACGGUUGUAAUCAUGUUCCGUAUUUGAGUCCUCACUUAGAUCCAAUGGCUUAUCCUUUACUAUGGCCACAUGGGGAAUCUGGUUGGCAGAGUUGUAUUUUACAUAAUCCAAGUAGAGCUACAUCUAUACGAAAUAAAGUUACAGUAAGGGAAUUCAACUGCUCCAGACUUUUUGAGAGAUCAGAUUGGUUCAACGCUGUUGUACAUUCUGGAAAAUUAACACAACAAGUUAUCGUUGAUUAUUAUUGUCGCCAUGAAAGUUCAAGAUUAGACUGGAUAAGAAGAAACCAAGAUAAACUACGUGUUGAAACGUACGCUGGACUUUGUGAUGUGAUUAACUCUCGAGCUGAGACAGAAGGUAUCAGGGCAGGUGUCAUGAAAAUUUUGCCAUCCUCUUUCUCAGGUAGUCCUAGAAAUAUGUUGCACAGGUAUCAAGACGCAAUGGCAAUAGUUAGGCACUUUGGUAAACCUGACUAUUUCAUAACAAUGACGUGCAACCCAAAAUGGCCGGAAAUAUCAUUAUCUAUGGCGGCAAAUGAGAAACCAGAAGAUAGGCCAGAUAUAGUUGUACGAGUCUUUGCAGGAAAAGUAGAAGAACUUAAGAAUUUGAUCAUGAAAAAAAAAAUUUUUGGUCCUGUAGUAUCACUGAUUCAUGUCAUUGAAUUCCAAAAGCGAGGAUUACCACAUGUCCAUAUGCUUUUGAAGGUACAUCAUGACUACACUCCGCGGCAACCUGAUAUUAUUGAUAAAGUGGUUUGUGCAGAAAUUCCAUGUGCAAAUCAAGACCCUUUACUGUAUUCAUUAGUCAGCAGUCACAUGAUUCAUGGCCCGUGUGGUCAAUUCAAUAUGAAUAGCCCAUGUAUGAAGGACAAUAAAUGUCUCAAAAACUUUCCAAAGUCAUUUCAAGAGUCGACAAAUACUGAUGAUUCAGGUUUUCCUCUCUAUCGGAGAAGAAAUAAUGGGCGCUCAGUGUUAUUGAGGAAUGGAACUAUUGAAGCAAACAAUUCUUUUGUAGUCCCUUAUAAUGUUUUUCUAUUGAAAUAUUUUCGUUGUCACAUAAAUGUUGAAAUUUGUUGCACUGUACAGGCCACUAAAUAUUUACACAAAUAUCUUUUCAAAGGAUAUGAUCAAUCAAACUUUCAGGUAACGCAAAAUGGUGACCGAGUGGACUACGAUGAGAUAGCAAAUUUCCUUAAGUCCCGGUACGUUGGUUCAACCGAAGCAGCAUACAGGUUAUUUGCACUGCCCCUCCAUUACAAUUCUCAUGCUGUUGAGGAUCUUCCAGUACAUUUGCCACACCAAAACUUUGUUACAUUUUCAGAAGAUAAUGCUCUUGAUGUAGCUGCUUCAUAUGCUGUUAAGAAAACCAAAUUAACUGCAUGGUUUGAAGCAAAUAGUCAAGAAGACACGCAGACUUUCUACUACGAAAUGCCUAUUUUCUAUUCUUUCGAUAGACCUACCAAAAUGUGGAAAAAAAGACAGAGAAAUUGUAAAACAAUUGGUCGAUUACAGUUCGUAUCCCCAAGACAGCAAGAACGCUACGCAUUACGGCUACUUUUAUUGAGAGUCGCAUCAGCUAAAUCAUUUGAGGAUUUACGUACUUUUGAAGGUAAUACUUAUCCAACAUUCAUGGAAGCUGCGAGAGCAAGAGGUUUAGUUGAUGAUGAUUCUGAAUGGUAUCGUUGUUUGAAUGAAAUGUCUCAUUUCGCAUUUGCUCCUCAAUUGAGAGAAACUUUCACUUAUAUUUUGGUAUUUUCCUGUCCAAGUAAUGCUAAUGCAUUAUUCGAGAAAUUUUACACUGUUCUUUCCGAGGAUUUUCGUAGAAAUUUCUCGGAAAAUAUUGCACGAAACAAAACUCUGAUUGCUAUACAGAAUUUAUUAGACGUUCAUCAAAAAAACCUAAAUGAUUUUGGGUUGCCUCCUGUUGAAUCUGAAAGAGUUAUUUAUCCCCAAUUCACUGAGCCAGAAAGACGUAUAGCAAUAAUAAAUUCCGAGAGGAUUUCAUCUAUGGCUAAUUCUGAACAAAGGCUUAUCAUUGAUUACAUUAAAUCUGUUGUUUUCGAUGUCCACACUUGCGAUAGAAUUAUUUUCAUAGAUGGUGCCGGUGGCACAGGCAAAACUUUCAUUUAUAAUUGCUUGAUAGAUUGGAUGAUUGGACUUAACGAAACUGUGAUUCCUGUUGCCUGGACUGGAAUGGCAGCAACCUUACUUAAAGGUGGUAGAACUUCACAUUCGAGAUUUGGAUUACCACUAAAUUUUACUGAAACUUCAGUGUCGAAAAUUGCAGUUCAGUCAAAAGAGGCUGAUCUUCUCAGAAAAGCGAAGUUGUUCAUAUGGGAUGAAGCUUCGAUGAUUCCUGGAAGAGCUUUGAGUGUGGUUGAUAGUUUGCUGAGAGACAUAACUGGAAUACAAUUGCCUUUUGGUGGUAAAACAUUCGUAUUUGGAGGUGAUUUCAGACAAAUAUUGCCAGUUGUUGUUAAUGGUGGUAAGGCUGAAACAAUAAAUAAUUGCAUAAAAAAAUCGAUUCUGUGGCAACAUUUCAAAGUUAUGAAGUUGACAAACAAUAUGAGAGCUGCUGAAAGCUCUCAAGCUUUUAGAGAUUUAAUUUUGAGUAUUGGUGAUGGAACAUAUCCGAAUCAAUAUGGUGUUGUUUUAUUACCGCCAAGCAUUGUACUUCCACAGACAUCAGAUAUAGUUCAAGAAGUCUUUGGGUCUGAUGUCAAUGAGCUUCUUAGCAAUCCUGAUAGAUUUUCAUCACGUUCAAUCCUUUGUCCAAAGAAUAUCCAUUGUGAUGAUAUCAAUCACCGUAUUCUUGGUAUGUUGAGUGGAGAGUCAAAAACCUAUUUGAGCUUGAACACAAUUGAAGAUAGUGAUGAUAAUUCGAAUUUCAACUAUCCAACUGAAUUUUUGGAUAACUUGCAAAUUUCGGGUUUACCACCACAUAAACUUGAACUUAAAAAAGGUGCCAUAGUGAUGCUGUUACGAAAUCUAAAUCUCGACAAUGGAUUGACAAAUGGAACACGAUUGAGUGUGAUAGAAAUGUUUGAACGUAGUUUGAAGUUGAGGAUUUUAACAGGAGCUAAUACAGGAAAUAUUGUUUUUUUGCCAAAAAUAAAUCUUAUCCCAUCAGAUACAAGAUUGCCAUUUUCAUUUAAGAGAAAACAAUUUCCUAUCAAAUUAGCUUUCGCAGUUACUAUUAAUAAAGCACAAGGACAGACACUAUCAAAAGUUGGUAUCUAUUUACCUUCCCCAGUUUUCUCACAUGGACAAUUGUACGUUGCGAUGUCGAGAGUUUCAGGAGAAACAAACCUUAAGAUAAAAAUCGACAAUUUAACACGUUCACAAACUAUUAAUAAUAUAACUAAAAAUAUUGUUUACAAAGAGGUGCUCACUGAUUAG